AAACGCACUGCUUUCUUUUCUAUCAAUAUUUAAAGAGUUGCUUUAUCAUCUUUGUAAAUAAAGUAACUUGGGCAGGUUUAAUUCCUAAUGUACACUACUCCUACAUCUAUUUAUUGCAUAAUUGCUACAGAAUUUUGUGAACGAUUUUCUUUUUGUGGAUUGCGAACUAUUCUGUCCCUGUAUUUACGAAAUGUUCUUUGCCUACACGAGAAUGCAGCUACAGUUGUUUAUCAUAUCUUUAUAAUGAUGUGCUAUACUAUGCCAUUAAUGGGGGCAGUUCUUGCUGAUAAUUUUAUUGGCAGAUAUAAAGUAAUUUUGUACUUUUCCAUUAUAUAUCUCGUGGGAACUGUAUUGACGAGCCUCUCUGCAAUACCUCCGUUAAUGUUGCCACCUACGACAACUUCUAUGAUUGGUUUAGCUUUAAUAGCUACAGGCACGGGUGGAAUCAAACCUUGCGUAGCGGCUUUCGGAGGCGAUCAGUUUCGGCUGCCGGAGGAGAAUCAACGCUUACAACGAUUUUUCUCAACGUUCUAUUGUACCGUAAAUCUUGGUGGGUUUAUGGGGACGAUUGUGACACCGAUGUUGAGACGCAGUAUCAUGUGUUUUGGUGACGAUACCUGCUAUGCCCUUGGAUUUGGCUUUCCCUCCUUGCUUGUCCUCAUAUCUAUUGUGACGUUUGUCGCUGGUAAGCCAUGGUAUAGAAUAAAAAAGCCACGAGAUGCAAUAACCUUCCGGUUUCUAGCGUGUACAUGGUAUGCAUUGAAGAAGCGCCUCCAACAUGACAGGAAGACAGAUGGCCCACCUCCAGAACACUGGCUGGACUAUUCCGUCACAAAAUAUGGACGUAAACUCGUUGAAGAUAUGAAAAUUGUGUGUUCUAUACUUUAUCUAUACAUACCCGUUCCAAUAUUCUGGUCCCUCUUUGAUCAACAGGGUUCCCGUUGGACGUUUCAAGCUUCGAGGCUGAGAAGUGAGCUGUUUGGGGUAGCUCUAAUGCCUGAUCAAUUGCAAGUUAUGAAUCCUGCAAUGGUGCUUUUUAUGAUACCAGUGUGCCCUGGUGGAGCGUGGCCGCUCUUACCCGAUCUUCAACCGCUACACAAAAUGUUUCUUGGUGGGAUUCUUGCUUCUUUGGCUUUCGUCGCAGCUGGCAUUCUGCAGAUCAGUAUUGAGCGUUCAACUCUUCAAGUACCAGGGCACCAGCAUACCGGACUGGUUUUAUUGAAUACUCUAGCAUGCCCCAUAGAGAUUGCAGUUAGAGGUGAAGGUAUAGCACCAGUCGAGGAGCAGGGAACAGCUCUCAUGACCCCUCUUGAGCGCCAACUGGUUUUUAUAUCAGCCAGUUGUCCCGUGGACUGUGCUGGAAGGAUCAUGAAACGACAUUUGCUUACAGCACAGCUUAAUACGGUACCCGAAGUGUUUAUGCCUAUAAUAGUGGGACAAAACUCAGACGACGAAAUUUCUUUAUAUUUCAUGGAUCCAAAUCCUUUCAUGAAAUCAUUAACGGGAAAACCCAAAUUAAAGGUGGUGUACAUAGGUGACUGCGGUCCAAAUAAAAAUGUCUCAAUUUCUGUGGAAACAGAGAAACAACUCAGCGAUAUUUACUAUGUCUCUAACACUCCAAUUGACCACAUCGGAGAAUCCGCUUACAUGUGCUUACAGCCCGGAAAGUUCAGAUGGCAUGCGAAAAGUGCUGGUGGUGAGGUGACAGGUUCCGGUGAGGGUUAUCUUCGCGCUGGUGGCGUUUAUGUACUAUGCCUGCGCGAGAGACUUGGUCGCUUGGACGCAGCGGUGCUGCAUUCUCCGAAUCCACCAAACGAACUUCACCUUGCAUGGAUCGUGCCUCAAUAUCUUCUUAUAUCAAUCGCGGAAAUUAUGUUUGCGGUUUCUGGACUUGAGUUUUCAUUUACACAGGCGCCAAAAUGCAUGAAGACCAUCACCAUCGCUGCUUGGUACAUGUCCGUUGCUAUUGGAAAUCUUAUUGUGAUUUUAGUUGCGCAAAUUAAGAUCUUCGAUUCACGAGCUAAAGAAUUUUUCGCAUAUGCCGGUAUUCUUACGAUUGCUAUGCUAGUGUUUUUAAAAAUGUCUCAAGGCUAUUGUACUCGAACAAUGGAGGGUGACGGUUCAUCGACGGAAAGCCACCCCUUGCUACGUCAUCAUUCUAGGGUUAUAUCCGUACAUUCAUUAUCAACAAGAACAAGAACGUAUAGUAGACGGGAAAGCAGUGAAGCUUCGUGUAUAGGACUAAUGGAGAAGCAGAAAACAAAAGCUUGGCCUCCUCAUGCCUUCGUUAAUUUGGCUACACCAAGUACAAGUGACCUUAAAGCUACGACUCUAGCUAACGCCAUAUUUUGUAACAGUCAAUGAUCAAGUUUACAGCUCAGUGAGUCGUUUUCAAGCGUUUUCACACAAUUCCAGAGCUGCACUAGAAAAUUGCCCCAAAGGUCGGCAGUCGAUAGUUACAAGUGCAUGAAUAUGGUGUCAAGAAUGUCCGUUGGUAUGAGUCCUUUAGGUAUUCAUAGCACGCGCUAUACGUUUUGCUUAGUAUACGUUACGGAUAUCUAUGACAACUUGUCAGAUUCUUACUUGAUGUUCGUUCGGCCGGUAAGUGUGAGGCGUCAUUUUAAGUUUUUUAUACAAAAGCUAGCGGACUCGGUAAACCAAAAAAUCAUCAAACUUCUAUUGUUUAGAGUUUACAAUAUUAUGCAUAUAACGUAUUACGAUUACACGCACAGAAGAUGUAUUCACAUUUCAAUGACAUUUGGGAUAUGGGAAGCGAUUCUAUUUGAAUGCCAUGUUUCAAAAUUUGCCUAUUUUAAAAAUAAAGACUUUUCAGAUUAGGAUUCAUAGACACGUAACAUAUAUUAUAUAUAUGCCAAUUGAUGCGCUUCUUAAUCGUUUUUUCUGAUUUAAAAUUAAAAAUAAAUGGGUUAGGACAGUAAAUCUAAUCACUGUUCCGGAAAGGUUUUAGACGCUCUCUUAGUGUCUAAUUUACAUGUAAAUUUAUAGCUAGAGCUAGUGUACGAUUUUAUUUGACUCACUACUAUUAUCGUGCUGGUAUUUAUUUUGAUAAAUAUAAUAUGAAAAAAAUAGAUAGAAAUAAAUAUAUCACCAUGGGUAUUAAAAGUCCAACAACCGAGGCUGUAAUUUAGUUAAAACGUUGUAGUUGCAAAAAUAGGUUUACAGUUUAAGGGUCCAAUUAUGAAUGGCAAAUUCAAUAUGGGAUCAGGGAGAGAAAUAAUAAAAAAUGUAUUAUUUUUGUGCGCACCAACAUUGUUGCGUCACCAGGUACCUAAUUGUCGAGAUGUUGGUGUUCGUAUUAUCUCUUAUCAUCGGACCAAUUAUGAUAGAAUCGGUAAUAUGAUUUUUAGAAUGUGGACUAAGUUACGGUGAACUUUUUAUAUUAUGAAGGUUUUGGUGUAAGGGAAACAAAUCCACGGUCCCGUUGUUCAUAUCUCUUUGUAUAU